AUGACAGUUGAUCUAGAUCAAUACCUCAAGCCAGGCAAGGAUCACUACAUAGCUUUGGGCCUUGAAGGAUCAGCAAAUAAGCUAGGUGUCGGAGUAAUCAAGCAUUCAAAGGGUCAAUUGUCUCCUUCUAAUCGAGCUGAAGUAUUAUCAAACAUCAGAGACACUUAUAUAACGCCUCCUGGGGAAGGAUUUCUUCCACGGGACACAGCAAGACAUCAUCGUAAUUGGGUAGUUCGAGUAAUAAAGAAAGCUUUAGCCACGGCAAAGAUCAAGGGGUCAGAUAUUGAUGUUAUUUGUUUUACUCAAGGUCCAGGAAUGGGAGCACCAUUACAGAGUGUGGUGAUAGCAGCAAGAACAUUGGCGCAGUUAUGGGAUUUGCCGUUAGUAGGUGUCAAUCACUGUGUUGGUCAUAUCGAGAUGGGACGUGAAAUCACUGGCGCAAACAAUCCAGUGGUGUUGUAUGUAAGUGGUGGGAAUACUCAAGUCAUUGCUUACUCCAAACAACGAUAUAGGAUAUUUGGUGAAACUUUGGAUAUUGCCAUUGGUAACUGUCUUGACCGAUUUGCGAGAACAUUGAAAAUCCCGAAUGAGCCUGCGCCCGGAUAUAACAUAGAACAAAUGGCCAAAAAGGGGAAACAUUUGGUUAACUUGCCUUAUACUGUGAAAGGAAUGGACUUGUCCAUGUCUGGAAUUUUGGCCUAUAUCGAUGGCGUAGCCAAGGACCUAUUCAGUCAAAAGCAAAGCAAGACCCUUGUUGAUGAAGAAACUGGGGAACCAAUCACUGCUGAAGAUUUGUGUUUCUCUUUACAAGAGAUCCUAUUUAGCAUGUUGGUGGAAAUAACUGAACGCGCAUUAGCCCAUGUCGAUAGCAAUCAAGUACUAAUCGUUGGUGGUGUUGGGUCCAACGAGCGAUUGCAAGAGAUGAUGAAGUUGAUGAUUGAAGAUCGUAAAAAUGGACAGAUUUUUGCUACUGAUGAACGAUUUUGUAUUGACAAUGGUAUCAUGAUAGCGCAUGCUGGAUUGUUGCAGUAUCGAACAGGGCAAACAAAUGAGCUUAUGGAUACGGUGUGCACACAAAGAUUUAGGACAGACGAAGUGUUUGUGAAAUGGAGAGAUGAUUGA